GAAUGAUGGGUCCCACCGACAACCCCCGGAAGCCCCUCAUAAUGGAGCAGAAAUGGAGCACCCCGGCCACCGCCGCUGGGAUGACGGACUAAUGCGAAUGUUUCGUUUGGUCGCCUUGCGCAAAGUCAAUUAUUGAAAAGCCUUUAGGGUCGGAAUAUCUGCUGCUUACCUUUUUGCGGUUCAGUUUUUCCAAUCUGGCGAUCUGAACUGUUAUCUGUUUCGUCAUUUUUUUCUUUGGCAACAAACCCCAGGUUGAAACAGUCGGGAGACAGAAAAGAGGCCGGAGACGAAAUCGUCGACUCAUCGCCGAUUCUUCAAAAAGGCCAAAGUUUUUGCAGAAUUGCUUCCCUAGCUACACCCGACGGGAUCAAACGCAGCCAGGCUUAUUGCGCCAACUUUGAAGUUUUCAGUUCGUCUGUUCUGGCACACCAACAAAGUCAACCCAAAAACAAACAGUCAAAAUGUCGCACCAUAGCAGCGGCGGCGGGGGUGACAUGUCGACAUGCAAGAUCACGAUGAUGUUCAACACCCACACCAUCGACGCCUGCUUCCUCACCCCGGAGUGGCACAUCACCAACAACGGCAUGUUCGCGGCGACGUGCAUCGGGGUCAUGCUGCUGGUGGUGCUGCUCGAGUUCACGCGGCGGCUGGGCAAGGAGUACGACGAGUUCCUGGCGCGGCAGUUCCAGCGGCAAGCGGCGGCCGUGGGCUCGGCGCGCCAGAUGGCCCGCGACCGGGACCCCGAGGGCCGCGUGCCGAACCCCUGCGCGCCGCCGCCGCCGCCGAUCCCGAGCGAGUACGUGACGUUCCGCGCCACGGCGCUGCAGCAGCUCGUCCGCGCCGUGCUGCACGCCCUGACCUUUGGCCUCGCCUACAUCGUCAUGCUGAUCGCCAUGUACUACAACGUCAUCCUGCUGGUCAUGAUCGUCCUCGGCGCCGGCAUCGGCAAGUUCUUUUGCGACUGGAUGACCAGGACCCUCCUCGUCGAUGGCGUCCCGGGCGUCGAGACCAGUGCGCCUGGCGCCGCCAAGGAAGGCGCCAACGUCAAGGGCGUUGAAGAGCCGAGCGUCUGCUGCGGGUGAUGUUUGAUCGGGGGAUUGGUUUGUUUGUUUUGAGCGAGAGUACUUGGGUGUUUGGGGUAGUAAAUAAUAAUAUCUUAUUCCUUGCUUUGUCCGGCUCUGUUUUCUUCUUCUCCCCCGCUUGAUCAAUCUAACCACAGGUCCA